UGUCUCAUGAGUAUAGGGCAUGCAUAUCAGUUAAGGUUCAAUGUGUCAAGUACUUCCCUUGACUUGAAACAAGCUGUCUUCUUUAAGCAACAGGGUGUGAACUCUACUCAUAUCAAUGAUAGAAGUACUAGGUCAGCUAAUCUGGCAAGCUUGGCUACUUCAUAUCAAUCCUGCUUUGACAAGUCAGGAACUUUGUCAGACAUUGACAGUGUCAUUGCUUCACUCAGAGAAGCCAUAGAAGUAUCUUCACAAGAGUCUGGCCUUCUGAAUAAUCUUGGUGGUGCAUAUCUUCAUCGCUACCCAAUUAGUCACAUGCACUCAGAUCUCCAAGGUGCAGUUGAGUCAUUGAGAAAAGGCAUUGCAAUUGCUCCCAAAGAAUAUACUCAUCUCCAUGAUCUGUGGGCAAAUCUUGCCAAAGCCUAUCAGGAACUGUUUGAAAGUACUCCCAAUCAGAUACAUGGGCUGGAAGCUGUCAAGGCCUGUCAACAGGCACUUUCUAUGGAGGCAGGCAUUCUUGUCAACCUAGCAUAUGCCCACCAAGCUUUGUUUCUCCAAUUGCAUGAGCUUUCAGACAUUGAAGAAGCUAUCACACUGCUUUUGGAGGCCUCUCAAUCUCCACAGGACAGAUUUCACAGCUUGCACAAUCUAGGGAAUGCUUAUAGUGCUCGCUAUCAGUUGUUGAAGACACAGUCAGAUAUAGAAGCUGCUAUCAUCACACUCAAAGAAGCUGUUGAUCUGAUACCACCUUCUCAUCCAGAAAGAGCUCUUUGCCUGGACAAUCUGGGUGCUGUAUACAUGGUUCAGUUCAAUAGUGACAAGAGGAAACACAUCAUAGACCAGGCAAUACUCAUUAAAGAACAAGCACUAGCAGUUCCCUCAAUCACAGAAUCCAGGAGACAUGAUAUUACAUGUUCUCUUGGAUAUGCAUACACAUCUCGCUUUGAGACAUUUCAGGAUCCUUCUGAUAUAUCUAAAUCCAUAGCACUGCAGGAAGCUGUAGUUGAUCACUUGCCAGAUGUAAAUAUGUGGAAGCCUGGCUGGUUGAAUAACCUGGGCAACUCUUAUCACCUUAGGUUUAAGCUCAAUGAUGAGCCAUCUGAUAUGGUCCAGGCAAUCAAGAGGCUUGAGCAAUCAAUAAAACUGACACCUAAGGACCAUGCACACUUGGCACAUAGGCUCAUAAAUCUAGGUCAGAGAUACAUCCACAGAGACUGGAUGGGAGCCACAGAUAUGAUACCUUCUGCUUUGGACAAUGCAAUGGAGAAGGCCAUCCAAUCUUUCAGACAGGCAACAUACUGUCAUGCAGCAACAUCCAGUGUCAGGAUGCAUGCAGCUCAGCAAUGGGGUCGUUUUACAGUCCUGCAAGGACCAGAUUCAUACCCUCAGGCUGUCCAAGCAUAUACAGAAGUAUUCAAUCUACUGCCCAGUGUUGUAUGGUUGGGACAUACCAUUGACAAGCAAUAUGAUGAGUUGGCACAGUAUAAUGGCAUAGCUGGGGAAGCUGCAAUGGUUGCCAUUGUCAUGAGAAACCUUGCUCAAGCAAUUGAGUGGCUUGAACAGGGAAGAUCAAUUGUGUGGAACAAGCUAUUGCAGCUAAGAUCUCCUCUGGAUGAUCUAUACAAGGCAGAUGAGCACCUGGCCAAUGAGCUCAGGAUGGUUGCUAAGCAAUUGGAGCAUGCUAGUCUCACAAGAAAUGAUUCACAUGGGGUACAAGUGAGAGAUGUUCAGAUUGAGAAAGCAGCACAAUCUCACAGGAAGCUGGCUGCAAAGUGGGACACACUUUUGAAGCAUGCACAAGGAUUGCCUGGUUUCAAACACUUUCUGAAACCAAUGCCCUUCACUGAAUUGUUGAGUGUGUCUGAGCAGUGCCCAGUGAUCAUGCUCUCAAUGAUGACUAAAGGCACAGUAUCUGUAUGUGAUGCUCUGGUGCUCAUGCCUGGUAGUAAAGAUGUGAAGCAUGUGUCACUCACAACAAUGACACUAGGCAUCCUUGAUGAUCUCUGCCUGUCCAUGAGGAAUGUAUCUAAGGGAUGUGCAGCCCGGGGAUUAGUAGAAGCAACCACAGAGCAGAGAUUUGCAUUUCUGAGUCCUGUUGAUUCUUCUCAGAACCAGACAUUCUAUGAUAUUCUCAAGGUUCUCUGGACUCAUGUUGUGUCACCAAUCCUGCAAGCACUUGCUGUUCCAGUAAGUACUCCUAGCCAAUUGCCCCAUUUUUGGUGGUGCCUUAGUGGCCCUCUUGCAUUCCUCCCCAUUCAUGCUGCAGGGGAUUACUCUCAAAGUGAACCAGGCCAUAAGAUCUCUGACUAUGUUGUCUCAUCAUAUACACCUACUCUGUCAGCAUUGCUCAUGACCAGGCAGAAGAAAGUCAGCCAGAAUCCACACUUGUUGGGUAUUUGCCAGCCUCAGAAUCCUAGAGCACUUCCAAUCCCAUAUGUCAAAGAUGAAUGGACUGGCAUCCAGAACUUGGCUGAGGCUAAUAGCAUGGGCUGCUCUAGCCUAGAAAAUGCUGAAGCUACUGUUGACAAGACUCUUGCUGAGCUUUCCUUAGCUAACUGGGUCCAUUUUGCAUGCCAUGCAUCACAGGACAAUGAGAAGGCCACUGACAGUGCAUUCAUUCUACAUGAUGACAACCUGAAGCUCAUAAGGUUGAUGCAAGUGGAGCUGCCUCAUGCUGACUUUGCAUACUUGUCAGCUUGCCAAACUGCAACUGGAGAUCCCAAGCUGUCAGGACAAGCUGUCCAUCUAGCUGCAGGGAUGCUCUAUGCUGGGUUCAGGAGUGUCAUUGCCACUAUGUGGUCCAUAAAUGACUGUGAUGGUCCUGAGGUUGCCAAAGAGGUCUACUCUCACUUGCUAGCAACCAAGGACAGUACCCAGGCUGCAUAUGCCCUUCAUCAUGCUGUACAGAAGCUGAGGAUGAAGCCAGAGUACAACAAUCUCAAGGAUUCUUCAUUCUUGGCUUGGGUUCCAUUCAUACAUCUUGGC